UAUCAGUCACGGACCUCGCUUCCUACUUGCUGACACUCACAUCACAAUGCCUUCCGACUACAAAUUUCAUGGCUGGGUGGGACUCGGCAAAGACUCUGCCAAUGGUAAGAUGGUCUGGCGAGAGUUCAGCCCUAAGCCAUUCAAAGAGACAGAUAUCGACAUCAAGGUCACCCACUGUGGUAUCUGCGGCUCAGACAUCCAUACUCUACGGAGCGGGUGGGGGCCAUCACUAUACCCUGUUGUCGUGGGCCACGAGAUUGUAGGGACCGUUGUUCGCGUGGGUUCUAAAGCCGAGGGAGGGUUCAAAGUCGGCGACCGGGUUGGAGUCGGCGCUCAAAGUAUGUCGUGUCUACGGCCAGACUGCGAUGAGUGCUCCAAUGACUGUGAGAAUUACUGCCAGAACGGCCAAACCGGCACUUACAAUGGCAAAUACCGGGACGGCAGUAAAUCAUACGGAGGAUACGCCGACUACUGGCGAGGUCCUUCGCACUUCGUCUUCAAGAUACCAGAUGCCCUGGAAAGUGAUCUUGCCGCCCCUAUGCUCUGUGGCGGCAUCACGGCCUUCUCACCACUCCUCCAUCACAAGGCUGGGCCUGGCAAGACCGUAGCCGUGGUUGGGAUUGGCGGGCUGGGUCAUUUCGGGAUAAUGGGAGCCAAGGUGCUGGGCGUCGACAAGAUCGUUGCCAUCUCUCGCACGUCCUCAAAGAAGGCCGAUGCUUUGAAGAUGGGCGCCGAUGACUUCAUCGCCACCGACGAGGACAAAGGCUGGAACAGGAAGCACAGAAAAAGCAUUGACAUCAUUGUCAGCACCGUCUCCAGCCCAAAUAUGCCUUUGCAACAGUAUCUCCAGCUCCUACGGUUUGGUGGAGUGUUUGUACAGAUCGGAGCCCCGGAGGACAGUUUGCCUCCAAUCAAUGGCUUUCAGCUGUUGGGCAAGCGGUGCAGCAUCACGGGUAGCAGCAUCGGGAGCCCCAAGGAGAUCAGGUACAUGUUGGACCUGUUCGCAGAGAAAGGCGUACGGACCUGGAACAACAACGUGCCCAUGAAGGAUGCAAACAAAGCCAUUGUAGAUAUGGAGGCCGGCAAAGCGAGGUAUCGCUAUGUGCUUGUCAAUGAGCAGCACGCAUCUCACCUAUGAUAGGGGAUUCUCCCAAGAACCAUAUAGGCUAUAGGAACGAUCACUAUCUCGAGACCAGCAUGAAGGG